AUGGCGACAGAGGUGCUGUACCCGAGGAGCGGCGCCACUUUGAAGGCGGAUUGUGUAAACAAACCGUUUGUGCAGAGGUGCCACGAUCUGGAGACAGUCAUCGAGGAGUUUCCCGCCAAGGAACUACAUGGCAUCUUCCCGUGGCUGGUGGAGAGCAUUUUUGGUAGUCUGGAUGGCGUCAUUGUAGGCUGGAAUCUUCGCUGCUUGCAAGGAAGAACAAAUCCUACUGAAUAUUCUGUGGCUUUGGAUUUCCUGGAUCCCAGUGGCCCAAUGAUGAAGCUGGUUUACAAACUUCAAGCAGAAGAGUACAGAUAUGAUUUCCCAGUCUCGUAUCUUCCAGGCCCUGUGAAGGCUUCAAUACAAGAGCAAGUCCUACCAGAAUGCUCUUUAUACCACAACAAAGUCCAGUUUACUUCAUCUGGUGGUUUAGGUUUGAAUUUGGCUCUUAAUCCAUUUGAAUAUUACAUGUUUUACUUCGCAAUUAGUUUGAUCACACAGAAGAACUCACCCGUGGCCCAUCACGUCAGCCCUUCCAACAGUGCUUAUUUCAUCUUGGUGGACACGUACCUGAAGUGUUUCCUACCCACAGAAGGAAGCGUCCUUCCUCUGCCUUCUUCAAAUCCUGGGGGAGCCAUCCCUUCCCCGACUCCCAGGUCUCCCGCAGUGCCUUUCACUUCCUACGGCAUGCAUCACACCAGCUUGCUGAAACGGCACAUUGCCCAUCAGCCUUCUGUGAACGCCGACCCAGCUUCCCAGGAGAUCUGGAGAUCAGAAACACUGCUUCAGAUCUUUGUUGAAAUGUGGCUUCAUCAUUAUUCACUGGAAAUGUAUCAGAAAAUGCAGUCCCCUCAUGUCAAGCUGGAGGUUCUCCACUACCGACUCAGUAUCUCCAGUAAACACCACGGUAGUCCUGCCCAAUCCAGCUACCAGGCCCUCCACGCAUACCAAGAGUCAUUUAAACCCACUGAAGAGCACGUGCUAGUGGUAAGACUGCUUGUGAAACAUCUGCAUGCUUUCAGCAACAGCCUGAAACCAGAGCCUCUCUCCCCUUCGGCCCACUCCCACACAGCCAGCCCACUAGAGGAGUUUAAAAGGGUUGUAAUUCCUCGGUUUGUCCAGGAGAAACUUUAUAUCUUCCUGCAACACUGUUUUGGCCACUGGCCUCUGGAUGCCUCUUUCAGAGCAGUUCUUGAGAUGUGGUUAAGUUACUUGCAGCCUUGGAGGUAUGCUCCAGAAAAGCCACCACAAAGCGCAGAGCCCUUGCCUCGCAGCGUGCCAGAGAAAUGGGCUGCCUUCAUUCAAGAAAACCUACUCAUGUAUACUAAGCUGUUUGUAGGAUUUCUGAACAGAGCUCUUCGAACAGACUUGGUCAGUCCAAAAAACGCUCUCAUGGUGUUCCGAGUGGCCAAGGUCUUUGCUCAGCCCAAUCUAGCUGAAAUGAUCCUGAAAGGAGAACAGUUAUUCCUGGAGCCAGAACUUGUUAUUCCCCAUCGUCAACACCGACUUUUUAUGACCCCCACACUUGGUGGAAGCUUCUUGUCAUCGUGGCCUCCAACUAUUACAGAUGCCUCAUUUAAGGUGAAGAGUCACGUUUACAGCCUGGAAGGACAGGACUUCCAGUACAAACAGAUGUUUGGCACAGAAGUCAGAAAUCUGGUGUUAAAACUGGCUCAGUUAAUUUGUCAGGCGCAGCAGACGGCAAAAUCCAUAUCAGACCAUUCUGCAGAGACAAUGGCUAGCCAGUCCUUCUUUUCGUGGUUUAGAUUUACACCAUCUGAGAUAAAUGGUUCCUACACAGGCAAUGACCUUGAUGAAAUUGGGCAAGACAGCAUCAAAAAAACAGAUGAAUAUUUAGAGAAAGCACUGGAAUACUUGUGCCAAAUCUUUAAGCUGAAUGAAGCCCAGCUGACCCAGAUGAUGAUGAAGUGUGGGACAGCUCAAGACGAGAAUGGAAAAAAACAGCUCCCAGACUGCAUUGAAAGCGAGGAUGGCCUCAUUCUUACACCCCUUGGCAGGUACCAG